AUGGGCUUCACACUCAUCUCCGCAACCCCGUACGCCCAGCCCAUCCCCUUCUCUCUCCCUCUCUCCUCCACCCCCUCCUUCCCAUCACCCACCCAUCCUCACUCUUCCCCUUCCGACACUAGGUCUCCCUACGCGCGCAAAGUCCGCAUCGCCCUCCUCGAGAAAUCCAUCCCCUUCACGCUCCAAACCGAAGUGCCGUGGAACUCAUCGACCUGCACGCCCCAGCACAACCCCCUCGAAAAACUGCCCGUGUUGAUCGACACCUCGACCGACACAUCCGUCUACGAAUCGCACUUCAUCCUCGAAUGGCUCGAGGCCCAUUACGGACGAGAGCAAGGGUACGCGGCCAUGUUCCCAGAAGGCAAAGCGCAGGAGUUGUUGGCCAAGCAGGUGCAGGUGGUGGCGGAUGGGAUGUGUGAUGCUUGUGUGUUGAUGUUUUUCGAGAAACAGCGCUCCCAGCCCUCGCAGGAAUGGACGGGGCGGCAGCAGCGCAAAGUCCAGGGCGGCCUGCGGGCGUUGAGCCGCUGGGUUGGCGGGGAAGAGGACCCGCAGCUGCACAAGGACUUUAUUGUCGGAGACGCAUUCUCGUUGGCGGAUAUUGCGGCGGGGAGUGUUCUGGGGUAUAUGAAGGUCCGUUUCCCAACCCAAGACUGGCAGACCGAGUUCCCCAACCUCAAGGCGUAUAGCGAUAAGUUGGAGGCGAGGGAGAGUUUCAAGCAGACGGUGCCGACGCCGCAGGAGAUUGAUGAUAAGAUCGUUUAA